ACUGUGGCUUUAUAUAGACAGAAACCCUAACUGAAGUUCCAAUCCACCUACGCGCCCUCUCUCUCCGAUCGGACAGCGAAGUUGAAUCCGACAGCUGGAGUCCACCAAUCACUCGAAUCUCCCAACCCCCGCCCCAUGUUUCAGAUCAUGUCGCGAAAAACCCUCGUCCGGUUACCGGAAAACCCUCUCCUCCACCAAUGUCCGCCCCUAAAUCCUAACUCUAAAACCCAUCCUCGCCUCUCAUCCCCUCUCGUCGCCAUUAUUUCACAAUUCUCCACCACCCGCAGCCUUCGAUCAACUUCAUAUUCCAUUCGCGGGAAAUGGGCUGCGGGAUUUCUAGAUUGGAAUCAGGCGAGGAAAUCCCUUCGGGGCUUUUGCCUUUCAUGCGGCGAAUACAUGAUUUGAAGAGGACGAAGACGGAUGUGUCGCAGCGAGUCAGGAGGGAGCGGAAGGAUAGCAUCGUGUCGACGACGGAGCUUCUCCGACCUGAGGAGCGCGACAUUGAUUACUAUGACGCGGCUGUAAUGGAGACUUCCGGUGAGAAGGAUGAGGUCAAUGGAAAGGGAAAUGAGACGUCCGAUUCAUCGGGAAAGGUGAAGGAGAAGGGAAUUGAGACGUCCGAUUCGUCGGAAAAAGUCAAUGAGGAGAAGGUGGAGAAAAUCGACAAGGACGAAGAGGAGGGGAGGAGGAUAGGGUUUGGGAGAGAAGCUGCGGCGGAGGAUGAGUUCCCCGGAUCGCCGAGUUUCCGGUUUUAUUUCACCGAUGCGGCCCAGGACCACAAACCAGAUGCAUUAAAGAGCAUUGAAGAAAAGGAAUUGCUGGAGGAAAAACAAGGCUUGGUUGCAGGAGAGGGAUCUGAUCUUAAAGCAAUCAAAAAGGAAAAGGGAAGAAAAUUCAUGACAUUGCCAAAAGCAAACUUUCUGAAUGUUAGAGGCUGUUACAACAUGAACUCCUCUAACCUUGCUGCUCAGCAAGGAACCAGAAUUUUAAGUGACAAGGCUACGCAGGGAAGCUAAGGAAGAAGCCAGUUUGUGUGGAGAAGAUUUGGCAUGAUGUAGUAUGUAUUUGCAAAGGAUUUUUUUUUUUCUUUAUUUGAUCUGAUUUGAAGUAAAGUUUAUGCAGCACAGUGAUUUUAUUUGAUUGUUCAGUUUUUUCCACAAGUAAACAGAAUAAUUCUGAGAUUAUCGUUUCAUUAAAU